UCUGUAUGAUUCGAAACUUCCAAUGGCGAAAGAGGAAGCAAGAGAUAUCGCCACCGAUCUCGUCGACUUCUUGAACGCAUCUCCGACGGCAUUCCACGCAGUCGAUGAGGCGAAGAAGUUACUGAAAAGUGUGGGAUAUGAGCAAAUUUCGGAGAAGGAGGAAUGGAGUUUACAAACCGGAAAUAAAUAUUUUUUCACUAGGAACCACUCCACCAUCGUGGCCUUUGAAAUUGGUAAAAAAUUUAUUGCUCGCAAUGGGUUCAAAAUAAUAGGUGCACAUACUGACAGCCCAUGCUUAAAACUGAAGCCUUUAUCAAAGGUGUUAAAAGGUGGGUAUUUGGAGGUAGGUGUGCAGACCUAUGGAGGAGGUCUAUGGCAUACAUGGUUUGAUCGUGAUCUAACUAUUGCUGGAAGGGUUAUACUCAAAGUAGGAGAUGGUUCCAAUUCUUAUGUACAAAAACUAGUUAGGAUAAAUGAGCCAAUAAUGCGAAUCCCAACUCUGGCAAUUCACUUGGACAGGAGUGUUAAUGAAGGGUUUCAAGUGAACACACAGACCCAUCUUCUGCCAGUCUUGGCAACAUUGGUUAAGGCAGAGCUUAAUAAGAUGGUCUGCACGAAUGGUUUAACUGAGCAGAAGAAGCCUGAUGAAAAACCAAACAGCAGUACCCCAAAUCAUCAUCCACUACUUCUACAGCUUCUCUCAGAACAGCUAGGCUGUGAACCAGGAGACAUUUGUGAUUUUGAGCUACAAGCCUGUGAUACACAACCCAGUGUAAUAGCUGGUGCAGCCAAAGAAUUCAUUUUCUCAGGAAGGCUUGAUAACCUAUGCAUGUCAUUUUGCUCCUUAAAGGCACUGAUAGAUGCUACUGGAAGUCUUGAGGAUGAGACUGGUGUAAGGAUGGUUGCCUUAUUUGACCACGAGGAGGUUGGGUCAGAUUCGGCUCAAGGUGCUGGCUCUCCUUUAUUGUAUGAUGCUAUGUCUCGAAUUACAAGUUCCUUCAGUUCAGACUCCCAGCUGCUGGAGAUAGCACUUCAGAGGAGUUUUCUCGUGUCUGCUGACAUGGCGCAUGCAAUACAUCCCAACUACAUGGAUAAACAUGAAGAGAAUCAUCAGCCCAAAAUACAUGGUGGGCUUGUCAUUAAACACAACUCAAAUCAACGAUAUGCCACAAAUUUAAUGUCAUCGUUUUUGUUUAGGGAGAUAGCCACUAAGCAUAACCUUCCAGUUCAGGAUUUUGUGGUCCGUAAUGACAUGUCUUGUGGGUCAACAAUUGGUCCGAUUCUAGCUAGUGGCACUGGAAUACUCACUGUUGAUGUUGGGGCACCACAACUAUCGAUGCACAGCAUAAGAGAGAUGUGUGGAGUUGAUGAUGUGAAACAUUCUUAUGAGCUCUUCAAGGCCUUUUUCUUGGAUAUCUUCAAUCGUGAUGCUGUUGCUGUCGACGUUUAACCAUUAUUAUUAUCGUCAUGUCAUGUCGAAUAGCUGGAAAUUAUAUUUCUGGGAUUCUUCACUUACUUUUCCAUUCUUGAUAUACCCCUGCCCUGGUCCAUGACUGAUAACAUGUUACAAGCAGCACAUUGCUUAAAUCUAUUGGUUUUUACCGUUUUAACUUA